UGAAGUUCCGCCCUCCACUGGUGAAUGAUACACACCGUGAGGAGCUUUUGGACGCUGCGAGAGAAACGCGCAGAAGAGACAAAGAACAGCCUAGCGCGCUCACGCUGAGGGUCUGAAGGACGCGACCUGCAUGUCCCUGCAACCAUUUGACAAUUUUCCUUUAAUUUUUAUUUUCUAUUGUUUAUGAAACGAGAACGAUGGGAACUACUACGGAGCGAACGAAGCAUAUUGUUCAUCUGUAUGACUGAGGCGCGUCCGGGUGAAAUCAUAAUUAUUAAUUUGGGUUUUACGCAAACGCUGGCUCUGAAAAACGAAAUCUGGUUAAGUUGACAAAUUUUCUACUUGCGAGCAAACAAAGACAGAUUAUAAACAAAAAAAAACCGAAACGAAAAUCAUCACAUUUUAGUAUCAAUCAGUAGUUGCGCCAAUUGCUGGAGAAGUCGACCGCGCGCAUCUGUGAUCAGACUGCUCAGUUGUGAUCAGCAAUCAGCCACAACUUUGAGCUGGGUUUGUGAAACUCAAAUGAACAGAUGCGCGAAGACAGACCGUGUGUUUCAGGAGCCGAGCUGCUGGACAGCGCAUGUGGACAGUUUCCUGCAUCUUCUUUCAUCUCAGACAAGGAAACGUGUCAUUUUCCGUAAAUAAAAAGACGACUGUUUCAAGCCACGGUUUAUCUUGAAAUCGGAUAACACAGGCGAUGAAAAGAGAGAGGAAAGUCCUGCAUGCUGAAAUAUAGGAUAAGAUGUCUGCACUCCGUAAGAAAUUUGGAAAUGACUAUCAGGUAGUGACCACUACCUCCUCCAGCCAUCUGAAGGACAAGAGGAGGAAACGACAACGAUUUGUGGAUAAGAACGGACGAUGUAACGUCCAGCACGGAAACUUGGGCGGAGAGACCAGCAGAUAUCUCUCCGACUUGUUCACAACUUUAGUAGACCUUAAAUGGAGGUGGAACCUUUUCAUCUUCAUCCUCACAUACACAGUGGCCUGGUUAUUCAUGGCGUUUAUGUGGUGGGUCAUUGCAUAUAUCAGAGGCGACCUGAACCGAACCCAUGAUGAGAAGUACACGCCAUGCGUGGCCAACGUGUAUAACUUUCCCUCUGCUUUCCUCUUUUUUAUUGAGACGGAGGCCACUAUAGGAUAUGGCCACAGAUACAUCACUGAUAAAUGUCCAGAAGGGAUCAUUCUCUUCUUAUUUCAGUCUAUCCUAGGCUCCAUAGUGGAUGCCUUUCUAAUAGGCUGCAUGUUCAUAAAGAUGUCUCAACCCAAGAAGAGGGCGGAAACUCUGAUGUUCAGUGAAAAUGCAGCCAUUUCCAUGCGUGACGGCAAACUCACGCUGAUGUUCAGAGUGGGAAACCUGCGCAACAGCCACAUGGUUUCAGCCCAAAUCCGGUGUAAAUUACUCAAGUCCCGUCAGACGCCUGAGGGCGAGUUCCUUCCCUUGGAUCAGCUGGAGCUGGAUGUUGGCUUCAGCACUGGAGCGGACCAGCUCUUUCUUGUGUCGCCACUCACAAUCUGCCAUGUGAUUGACACUAAGAGCCCCUUCUAUGAACUUUCACAACACUCCAUGCAGACUGAACAGUUCGAAAUUGUCGUGAUUUUGGAGGGUAUUGUUGAAACAACUGGCAUGACUUGUCAAGCGCGGACAUCAUACACAGAGGACGAGGUGCUUUGGGGCCACAGAUUCUUCCCAGUCAUCUCUCUAGAGGAGGGCUUCUUUAAAGUGGAUUAUUCUCAGUUCCAUGCCACAUUCGAAGUUCCCACACCUCCCUACAGUGCAAAGGAACAGGAUGAGGCAUUACUCAUGUCCUCACCACUCAUGGCCCCAUCGCUGUGCAACAGCGGAGAAAAGAACAGCUCCCUUGACUGCCUAGAACUACUGGAAGAUCCAGAGAGCACCACCAAAUUACCAGCCAAAGUUCAGAAGAUGACAGGUAGAGAUGGGCUUCCCAGGAAGCUCCUGAGAAUGAGCUCCACCACAUCAGAGAUGACAUACAGCCUUGGCGAACUGCCUAUAAAGCUCCAGCGCAUCAGUUCAGUGCCUGGGGUCUCAGAGGAAAUGCAGGUUACCAAGACGACUAGGAUUUCCAGCGAGGCCAUCAGCAAAUCAGUUGCGGACUUGCCACCGAAACUACAGAGACUGUCUGGUGGUGGAGGCCGCAUGGAUGGACACCUGCCGCCCAAACUCCGAAAGAUGAACUCUGAUCGCUUCACAUAAGCAUAUUAAUGAAACACACAGACUCAUUAUACACAUUAGUACUAAUGAAGUAGGCUAACAUGUGUUCCUCUGGUGGACUGGUUUGGAUGACACCCACUGUUGCAUGGUAAAAUAUCCCUCUCCCUCUUAUGGUAUGACCUGCUGUACAUAUUUAUUUGCCAAGGAAAUGGUAGCAAAUAUUUUUUUCCAAGCCAUAUGAUGGACAGUUUCUCCUAUGUGACUUAUUAGGCAUUAUUCAUUUCACACUGUUAUGUUGAUUAACGUAAUGUUUGUUUCACUGAGCUUAUGUUACAGUGCAUGUUUAACACAUUAGACAUAAAUAUUAAUAAUUAGAUGAUUAUUUCAAAUAGAAAAACUGCUGAUGAACACACUAAGCUUUUUAUGGCUCUUAUUUUUAGUGAAAAUGUCAGAAAAGUGACAGUGGUUCAGUGGUUAGCACCAGGGCUUUACAUUAACACCCGCCAAAUGCGGGUAGAUUUUAGCUCUGGUUGGUUUGACAGCCAUCUCCAAUAGCCACUUUGGCUUGUUAAAAAUAAUUUUUAAAUUGUAGUUUUUCUUAAAAGCAGGGUUCGACAAUAAGGAUGGCCCAAUAUUCGUGCAAAUGCGACCAUAGAAGCGAGAAGCAGCAUGACUGACAAAUAUAAUUUUUGUUCGUGCGUGCUAAAGAAAGCCGGUUGAAUACUGAAUGAGAGGAUAAUCAAUCGCGCCAACAGCUGAUGUGAUGCGCGCAACUGUUUAAAACACGUGCAUGCUCCCGUUUUACCUGAAACAGCCGUGCCUGGAAACGCAAAUGGUGUAAUCGGUUCUCUUUCAAAGAGACUACACAAAACGUUAUGUUCUUGCACCCACAGUCCUGCUGCUUUCAAGAGCUCCUGGUUAGUCUUUUUUGUAAGCAGCACUGGUUGCUUUCGCUUUAACCAUUAUUUAAACAGAAUAUAGGAUAUUGACUUCCCAUUUAUGUGUAGUUAACUGGUGUCAACUGUUUUUUUUUUU